AUGUCUGCCUCGUCCCUGGCACCCAUCACCUCACGUAGCCAUUCGCCCUCACCGCGCUCCACCUCCUCGUCCAGAGCCCACUCCAUCCGCCUCCCCUCGACCGACGAGGUCGGCACCUUGGAAGAUCUGCACCGCUUCCCCUGCGAAUCGUUACAUUCCUUUUCCUUUGCGCAACAGUCCGAGGAGCUGCUCAAUAGCCGACACAACAUCCUGAAGCGAUCGAUAGACUUCAUGCGCGACCGCUUUGGGUGGACCAACAACGGAUCGGGGCUCGCCAGCGCGCAAGCCCGCCUUGGUGGCGAUGCCGAUACCCAAAGCGUGGUAGACUUCCUGUCGAAGACCAGCCUUUCGGGGAGGGAUGACCGCUACAACUACACCUUGUCGCGGGGCCCCAUGACGGGCCCCGCCGACAUGGACACUGGAAACAUCUUCGAUAGAGCGUUUACACAGCCACAGCCUACUACGGACCCGAUCAGAGAGACGACCCUGGAGCAUGGCUCAUUAGACUCCUUGCGGUCCCCCGGCCAGGUAUCGGAUGACCUGCCUUUCCGCUACAAGGCGGAGAGGCCGUACGCCCCGUCCAGGCGCGUAAGCAUAAAAAAACGUACUUACACUGAUUCCGGCUCCGUGACUGUCCCGGACAAGCUGAUGGAGACUCUAGCACCCUAUACCUCUGCGGACCCUCUAUCACCAACCAGUUCGUCAACGCUGGGGUAUGGCUUCCCGGUCCCGGUCCUACACACGCACAGCAGCAAGUGGGCACCGGCGUCACAAGCCGUGUUCAGGACCGAGUCGCAUGAGCCCUGGACCAUCCUGGCGGCGAAUGACAUCUCAUGUCUUAUCUUUGGUGUCACACAAGCGGAGCUCCGGAAGCUAAGUAUCCUGGAGGUGGUACAGAAGGACCGCCGAGAGUGGAUUGAAUCGAAGCUCCGGGAUCCCACCACCGAUGCCGCAGCAAGGCUCCAGCCUUCGUCAGAUAAAACCCGUGCCAAGCCGGGGAACCAGAGACCCAUGGGGAUGGGCAACGGGGUGACGGCACAACUGCUCAGCAAACCUCCCUCUCGCGCGAGACCGCCCAGGAGAGCCCAGACAGACGACGGAUACGGAUCGAGCACCCGGCAGCUGAAUCACCCAGCGACCAAGUCACGGGGCGUCCUCCUGUGCGGCGACGUCGUGCCUAUCGAGAAGCGGGACGGUAAAAAGGGCUCUGCCAGCAUCUGGGUGAUGGAGAAGCGGGGAGGUUUGAUCUGGGUGCUGGAGGAGAUCCAGGAGAACGUCGCGUUUGUUCAGUGUGACGACUCGUGGCAUAUCAGUGACGCCACUGGUGACGUCGAAAAGAUUUGGGGUCAAGGAGCGGCACGGUCGGGUGACCAGAUCACAGAACUUCUUCCUCAUCUUCCUACAGACUGCCUCCAGGGACCGAUUGACAGAGGUCUUAGCGAGAUCGCCAAAACCAAGUACUUUGCAACCCGCACGUCCGCCGGUGUCUGUAUACCAUCGGUUGUCUUCAAGGACGAGAGCCCGAGGUGCCUUCGGAUCUCUAGCUUCCCCCACGUCGCUGGUAUGAUGGUGUUGUCAUCGUCGACUUUGAAAAUUGUCAGCUCCAACUCCGUCUUUUCGGCAGCCUUGUUUGGUCACGAGCGACCGGAAGGGCUGCAUAUUAAUGACCUCAUACCCGGAUUUGAUAGCCUGCUCAGUGUGCUGGCUGAAGAGGAGGGGGUUCCUUUGGUGGAUGGGCUUGUGAUCUCAGAGCCCAGGUUCCGCAGAGCACGCACUCUAUCCAUCCUCCGAGACGGAAAGUCCAAUGUGGCCUCGGUCUUCCUGGAGCCAUCUGGUCUUGCAGCCACCCACCGGGACGGCUCAUCGAUUGCAGUCGACGUUCAGAUGCGUGUUGCCAAAAGCGGCACGAUUUUCCCCAAGCAACGAGAGGAGUCGUCAGGCGACCACGGCGAAGAGUUUGAGGCUGUUACCGAGCUCGUCUAUGCACUGUGGGUGAGCUACUCGAGACAUAUCCACUCCGCAGCUCCAGCAAGUUUCCCUUCCCCCAGCCCUUCUGUGCCAUCCCAGACCGACAGCCCAUCCGUGGUCUCCAUGUCGAAUCUACCGUCAAGGACGUCGAGUCCUCAUGCUCUCCCGACGGAGCGGACGUCGGUUGAGACCCACAUACCGACAUCCACAUUGAGCCAGCAGCUGAAUGAAGCGGCAUCUGAACCGCUCACGGACAAGCCGGUCCAGCCGGUGCCUGAAGUGAAACCAGCGGGUGCGAAGGAGACACCCAAGAAGCGAACGAUCUCGGACUAUGUGAUUCUGGAGGAGAUGGGCCAGGGGGCCUACGGAGAAGUCAAGCUUGCGCGCAUGAAGAAGAUCCCGACCAAGAAGGUCGUGCUCAAGUAUGUCACGAAGAAGCGAAUCCUGGUCGAUACCUGGACUCGAGAUCGUCGUCUCGGGACUGUGCCAUUGGAAAUCCACGUUCUGGACUAUCUCCGACGCGACGGUCUGAAACACCCCAACAUCGUGGAAAUGGAGGGGUUCUUCGAGGAUGACAUCAACUAUUACAUCGAGAUGACGCCACACGGGCUGCCGGGAAUGGAUCUUUUCGACUACAUUGAAUUGAAGGCGAAUAUGGACGAAGCGGAGUGUCGGAACAUCUUCAAGCAAGUCGCGGACGCGAUUCACCAUCUACAUACGAAGGCGCUAGUUGUGCAUCGCGAUAUCAAGGACGAGAACGUCAUCCUCGACGGCGAGGGCCGGAUCAAGCUGAUCGACUUUGGAAGCGCAGCUUAUAUCAAGAACGGACCUUUCGACGUCUUUGUGGGCACUAUUGAUUACGCGGCCCCCGAGGUCCUUCAAGGCAAAUCCUACCGAGGCAAAGAGCAGGACAUCUGGGCUCUCGGAAUUUUGCUUUAUACUAUUGUGUACAAGGAAAACCCCUUCUACAAUGUCGACGAGAUCCUCGACCACCCCCUCCGCGUGCCCUUCCUCCCCUUCUCCGAGGACUGCAUUGACCUGAUCCGGCGGAUGCUCGACCGGGACGUGGACAACCGGUUGACGAUCAGCGAAGUGCUGGAGCAUCCGUGGAUGAUCGACAGCUGA